CACAAGGAGCCAUUAUUAAUGCAUGUCCUGGUAGGAAGCAUAACUUACAGGGAAGCUAGUAAGUUCUGAAAAGAAGGAAAUAAACACAGGCACCAAACCAUGAUCCUAAGCUGAUUGUCCUUUAAAUAUGUCAAGAUCCAGACUUUUCAGUGUCACUUCAGUGAUCUCAACAAUAGGGAUCUUGUGUUUGCCACUAUUCCAGUUGGUGCUCUCGGACCUACCAUGUGAAGAAGAUGAAAUGUGUGUAAAUUAUAAUGAUCAACACCCUAAAGGCUGGUAUAUCUGGAUCCUGCUGCUGGUUUUGGUGGCAGCUCUUCUCUGUGGAGCAGUGGUUCUCUGCCUCCAGUGCUGGCUGAGGAGACCCCGAAUUGAUUCCCACAGGCGCACCAUGGCCGUUUUUGCUGUUGGAGACUUGGACUCCAUUUAUGGGACAGAAGCAGCUAUGAGUCCACCUGUUGGAAUUCACCUUCAAACUCAAACCGCUGACCUAUAUCCUGCUCCUGCUCCAUGUUUUGGCACGUUAGGCUCCCCACCUCCAUAUGAAGAAAUUCUAAAAACAAGCUGAUUUUAGGUGUGGAUUAUCAAUUUAAAGCAUUAACGACAUCUGUAAUUCUAAAACAUCAAAUUUAGGAAUAGUUAUUUCAGUUAUCGGAAAUGUCCAGAGGUCUAUUCAUAUACUCUGAGAA